CCAUUUUAUACUUUGCGCUUCUCACUUUAUUCUGUUUUUUGCACUUUUCUCUCUCUAAUUACCAAUUCUCCUUCGAUCCUUUUAAAGAAAGGAUGUCGACAAUGACCCGAAGACCAAUCUAAACGAGAACCCCACCCGAUUUCGACCCAUUCAAAUAAGCUAUACCUACUUACCUUAUAUGUCGCAUCCAUUGCAGCAUACCUGAGAUCAUGGCCAGUCGUCGAGUCGCGUUGAACCAGACAUCCCUCAUAUGCCGCUCUCUCAAUUCCACAAGACCGGCCCUUCGUCAAUGGCCUAGAUUUAUUGGUACGUCAGGGAGAGAUGAUGUGGCCGGACGUAGACGUGGAGGUGCUGGAAGAUUCUUUGCUGGUUUGUUGGUAGCCUUUGCGGCUGGAGGAGGAGUUGUAUUAUACAACUCCCUAACCCAACCACCUCCGAAGCCGCGUGAAGCAACUAUAGAGUAUGAGAAGGCCCGACCAAUUGCCGAGUCCAAGGAAGACAACCGGGAUAUAAUCAGCAGUCAGCAUCUCCAAGUGAAGAAGAGUUGGGAGCAUCCGGGUGUCUAUGCCUGGGGUGCUAACUCAGGCGGAGUAGCAGCGCCCGACUCAACAGAUCAAUCUGUGAAAACACCUCGGAGGAUGCCUUAUUUCGACGGCCAACUUUUACGGGACAUGAAGCUGGAUCGUGACUUUGGAGCCGCCGUGACCGAGAAAGGCGAUCUGGUUCAGUGGGGCGCUGCAUUCUCCGAGGACCGGAAGCCAGUCGAAACAUUGAAAGGGAAAGACUUAAUAAAACUUGAAAUAUCACGAGAUCGUAUCAUUGCCCUUGGAAGGAGUGGGUCUGUUUACUCGGUACCCGUGGCGAAAUCAGAUCAGAGCGCCGGCGAGAAAACUCACCAAUCCUCUUGGCUUUCAUUCUGGUCUCAGCCAGAGAGGAUUACCUACCGACAGCUCAAGCCGCGAAACCUCGGAUGGGAUGAAAGAAUCGUAGAUAUCUCUAGUGGCUUAGAUCAUGCUCUGCUUCUCACAUCACGGGGGCGGGUAUUUUCCGCUGCUUCUAGUACAUCAAACUUCCCUUCUCUCGGCCAGAUGGGUAUACCCGGUCUGACCUGGACCACACGACCCAAAGGGCCGUAUGACGAACCCCAGGAAAUUCUUGGAUUAAAGGGAUUCAAAAUUGCGAAAGUCGCUGCUGGUGACUAUCAUUCUCUAGCGCUCGAUACCGAUGGGCGCGUCUUCGUAUUUGGUGACAACACCUCAGGCCAACUAGGCUUUGAAGUAGAGCCUCAGAUCCCAUACGUUGACGGUCCGAUACCACUACCCUUUAACAAGAUCUAUAGCGGCUCGGGUCUGCAGCCGCGGGUAACAUCGAUCGCUGCUGGUGGUGCAAAUUCAUUCUUUACAGUAGAUGCGAAACGGAUUGCAGGCUUGAAAGAGGACGCCGACUCUAUUAAAGACUUGGGUCGAAUAACGGCAGAUGCUUGGGCAUGCGGCUCGGGUAUCUGGGGCAGCUUAGGGACGGGCAAAUGGACGCACGUCUCCCUUGGCCCUACGAAGAUCAAGCCGCUCUCGGGGUUAUAUGAGUGGGAUGAAAAUACGAAUUCGGUUAUCCCAAUACGCCUAGCUCGGUUAAGCGUUGGAAGCUCUCAUGCUGCAGCUGUAAUGGACAAUGUGACAUCCGUUGAUAUAUCAAGCGCGAAUACGGAUAACGAGACGAAUUGGGGUGCGGAUAUAUUGUUCUGGGGUGGAAACGAGCACUACCAACUAGGCACCGGCAAGCGGAAUAACAUACCCAUACCGACCUAUAUUGACCCUCUGGAUGGCGGAGAAGGCGACGAAGCGAAGGGACGGAGAGGCGAGCACCAUCGGUUUCAAAUUACGCCUAGGACGACAGUAAGGCUCGGGGAGGGCGGCAAGGGAAGAAAAGUCAGUGUAGAACAGCGAGUAGAGUGCGGUCGCUUCGUAACCGCCGUUUACUCCGGGACAUAAAAGUUAUUUGGACGGAUUUCUGUGGAUUUACCGCUGUAUGUAUAUCAACGCCUGGUCGGAUAGAGUGGGAGGUGGGCUUGGGUCUUGGACUAAAGAUGCUCAGUAGAGCAUAGGGUCCUCCGCUCAUUCGGACCUAUAUAGAUACCCCCUUCUCAAUCUACUGUAUAAAUGCACGUGUAGUCAUAGCUAACAUCCAUUGUAUAGCUUCCUCGGCACAAAUUGCUACGCCGAGUCUGACUCUCCCAAAACCGCGUGCUGUGUGAUUGACCACUCGGGUUGAACUUGGGCCGAAUGCGCUACUAUUAUGAAAUAUCUCUAGGUGUGUUUUCCGUCUCUAGGUCAUCAUACAUAUAUGUCGCGAUGCUCCUGCUAAACGAAUGUCACUGUAGUCUUAAAUCAGUGCUAU